AAAUCAUAAAGAAGAAGAGAGUGCGUCCAUGCCUCUCGCUGUUGUUUAUUUUCUUCUCAGUCAUUCUGUAAUCUCUGUGUUUUCUUGUAUUUAACAAACUGCAGCAGUAUAAGAUAUGUCCUUCGCUCUUCCAGUGUGGCUCGCGGUCCAGGAGGAGCUCCUCGGAAACGGCGGAGCGGACUUCGGGGCUCCGAGCUGUUUUGAUGAGUUUGAUGAUGAAGCUUUGUUCCAGGUGUUCAACCUCAGCAGACCCUGCAUCAGUUUCAUCCUGGAUGCUGCGCGCAUCCGCAUGAAAACGUUGGCUCUGAAGAACCCAACGCUGUCCGUGGACGAGAUGGUUAUGGUGGCGUUGAACUAUUACGCACACGGAGUCUCCUCACCCUGUGUCCUGCAGAGGGUCGGACAGUGUCAGACGGACUGUCUCGCGAUCAUGAGCACUGUAUCCGGAGUCAUCGCAGGCAUGUCCGACCAGUUCAUCUCUUUCCCACUAACCCAUGAGGCCAAAAAGAAGGUCGCGUUCAAGACAGAGAAAUUAUGUAGGAUCCCCAAUGUGCUGGGCGUCCUUGGCGCGGCUCACUUCAAGAUCAGAGCCUCCCCUUAUGAGACGGACACAUUCAGGGGUUUUGUCAACACCUUGGGGUACACAUCUGUGGUGAGCCAGAUCAUAUGUGACUCUGACGGAAACAUACUGAGUGUCGAAAAGUGUUGUGUAGGCAGCACGUUUGAGCAGGAGCUGUGGGAGUCGUCUUUCAAAGGGAGGGAAAUGGAGGAGGAAAUACACGGACCUUUUUGGGUUAUUGCAGGGAAAGGCUACAACUUAAGCAAACAUGUCCUGACUCCUGUGGCAGAACCUGCAAAUGACAGCGAGACCAGCUUCAACGAGGCCCACACAAAGAUCCACGACGUCAUGCGAACAACGCUCGGCUCCAUGAAGAGGCGCUUUAGGUGUUUAAAUCAACUUGGUUUUGCACAAGAAAACUCUUUGGCCAAAAAGUCCAAUAUUAUCAAGGCGUGCAGUGUCCUGCACAACAUCGCUAAAAAGUUUUCCGUGCCUCCACCAUCUGACGCUGGUCAAAUCGAGCCCCUGCAUCCUGGCAAGCAACGUGCAGAGCCAGAUAUCAACCCUGAGGCAUUAAAGGCCAGACAGAAACUCAUCGUUGCUAACUUCCUCAAAGUCUCUAGUACCAGAAACCCACCAAGUAAAGGAAUCGCUGAGGAGGUUGUGAGUGUAGCAGGUGUGCUGUCUGUUUCAGGAAGCAAAGAAGUUGUAAAUGUUGACCCUUGAAGGACAAACACUGGAACCAAAAACUGUUCUAAUCUUUGACAGUUUGAGACCAGCUGAUGCUGUGCAAUAAAGUCUGUACUAUUUA